AUGACCUCCACGCUGCGGAACAUCCGACUGGGGUUCGCACAGGAAGCCGCAGCGACCCGCGUUCAGCGGGCGAUGCGCGCGUUCCUGCUGCGCAAGGGCACCAUCAUCAUCACGAUCCUCAUCACCAAGAUACAGGCUGCUGCGCGCGGCCUCAACACUCGCACUUCUCUGACCAAUUCUUCAAGGCCUGCCCGCCUAGCGGGCGCACCGCCGACCUCUUCCUCAGCCGCUCUUCCUCUCCCCUUCUCGGAAGCGUUGGCCCGUUUCCCUCUCGAAAUCUACAACCCUUACGGCACAGUGCAAGGCUGCGACGGAACCAUCGGCCGUCCAGAGCACGACCUCUGGCGGGCCAGCCAGCCCCACUCUGCGGGCGCCAAGAAGAAGAAGAAGAAGCAGACGUCGCGCACGCGGCAAGAGAAGAAACAAGGCAAGCGUGAGGCGGCGGCUCGAGAGGCUGCCGCUGCCGCGGCUGCCCGCGCGGCUGCUCAGGCGGCUGCUCAGGCCGCUCAGGCGGCUGCUCUCGGACGGUACAGAUUGGUCAACGCUUGGUUCUACCCUCGCGGCGACUGGUAUACCUUCUACUGGGAUGGCAGUUCGGCCGACAAGGUCGCAAGGCGCGCUACCUACCCGACGCUCGAGCACGACGACCACGACCCCGGCCCCCUCGCAGAGCGCAUCAGGCGCGACAAGCGCGAGCGGUCCGACCGCUCCUCCGACGACUCCUCCUCCGACCGCGACUCAUGCGGCACCGGCUCCACUAGCGAGGCGAAUGACAUAUUCGACACCCUCGAAGACCAUCUCGGCUACGGUUCCGACUCCGGCUCCGGCUGGUAG